AUGGCGCUGGCCAGGCCUGGGACCCGCCACCCCAGGCCCCCGGGCCUUCUGCUGCUGCUGCUGCUGCUGCUCCAGACCCCUGCCCUAGCCCUCCUGGCUGGAACGGUGACUUCAGAGAACCCAAGUGCUUGUGCCUCAGACCCGUGCGCUCCAGGGACCAAGUGCCAGGCCACAGAGAGCGGUGGCUACACCUGUGGGCUCACGGAACCCCAGGGCUGUGCCACCCAGCCAUGCCACCAUGGCGCUCUGUGUGUGGCCCAGGGGCCAGAUCCCAAUGGCUUCCGCUGCUACUGCGUGCCCGGUUUCCAGGGCCCACACUGUGAAUUGGACAUUGAUGAGUGCGCGUCCCGGCCCUGCCACCAUGGGGCCACCUGCCGCAACCUGGCCGACCGUUACGAGUGCCACUGCCCCCUUGGAUACACAGGCGUGACCUGCGAGGCCGAGGUGGACGAGUGCGCGUCGGCGCCCUGCCUGCACGGGGGCUCGUGCCUGGACGGCGUGGGCUCCUACCGCUGCGUGUGCGCGCCGGGCUACGCGGGCGCCAGCUGCCAGCGGGACGUGGACGAGUGCCAGAGCCAGCCGUGCGCGCACGGGGGCGCGUGCCACGACCUGGUCAACGGGUUCCAGUGCGACUGCGCGGACACGGGCUACGAGGGCGCGCGCUGCGAGCAGGAGGUGCUGGAGUGCGCGUCGGCGCCCUGCGCGCACAACGCGUCCUGCCUCGACGGCCUCGGGAGCUUCCGCUGCCUCUGCUGGCCAGGCUACAGUGGCGAGCGGUGCGAGGUGGACGAGGACGAGUGUGCGGCGGGCCCCUGCCAGCACGGGGGCCAGUGCCUGCAGCGCUCAGACCCGGCCCUCUACGGGGGCGGCCAGGCCACCUUCCCCGGCGACUUCAGCUUCCGCCACGCGGCCGGCUUCCUGUGCCGCUGUCUUCCUGGCUUUGAGGGGGACGACUGCAGCGUGGACGUGGAUGAGUGUGCCUCACAGCCAUGCGUCAACGAAGGCCGCUGCCAGGACCUACCCAAUGGCUUCCAGUGCCACUGUCGGGAUGGCUACACAGGCCUGACAUGCCAGGAAGAUGUGGAUGAAUGCCUAUCGGAGCCCUGUCUUCAUGGUGGAACCUGUGAUGACACCGUGGCAGGCUACAUCUGCUGGUGCCCAGAGGCCUGGGGCGGGCGCGACUGUUCUGUGCAGCUCACUGGCUGUGAGGGCCACAUCUGCCCGCCGGCUGCCACCUGCAUCCCCAUCUUCGAGUCUGGGGUCCACAGUUAUGCCUGCCGUUGCCCACCAGGGACCCAUGGACCUUUCUGUGGCCAGAACACCACCUUCUCUGUGGUGGCCGGGAGCCCUGUGCGGGCUUUGGUGCCUGCUGGUGGCCCCCUGGGUCUGGCACUGAGGUUUCGCACCACGCUGCCUGCUGGAGCCUUGGCCAGUCGCAGUGACACCCAGGACGGCUUGGAGCUGGCACUGGUGGAGGCCACACUGCAGGCCACACUCUGGAGGCACGGCACCACUGUGCUUGUCCUGAGACUGCCAGACCUGGCCCUAAAUGAUGGCCAUUGGCACCAGGUGGAGGUGGUACUCCACCUAGGCACCCUGGAGCUGCGGCUAUGGCACGAGGGCUGCCCUGCCCGGCUCUGUGUGGCCUCGGAUCCUGUGGCCCCAGUUCCCACGGCCUCGGCAGCCCCGCUGACUGCUGGGCUCUGCUCCGCCCAGCUGGGUGGCGCGGCCUUUGCAGGCUGCUUCCAGGACGUUCGCGUGGAUGGGCACCUCCUGCUGCCCGAGGAUCUCGGUGAGAAUGUCCUCGUGGGCUGUGAGCGCCGUGAGCAGUGUCAUCCUCUGCCUUGUGCCCACGGAGGGGCCUGCGUGGACCUGUGGACUCACUUCCAUUGCCACUGUCCCCGGCCUCACAGUGGUCCCGUGUGUGCUGAUGAGGUUCCAGCUGCCACCUUUGGUUUGGGGGGCACCCUGAGCUCUGCCUCCUUUCUGCUCCACGAGCUGCCGGGUCCCAACCUCACCGUGUCCUUCCUCCUCCGCACGCGGGAGCCCGCAGGCCUGCUGCUCCAGUUUGCCAACGACUCAGCAGCCAGCCUGACAGUAUUCCUGAGGGAGGGCCAGAUCCGGGCGGAGGCGCCAGGCAGUCCAGCUGUGGUGCUCCCUGGGCGCUGGGAUGAUGGGCUCCGCCACCUGGUGACGCUCAGCUUCGGGUCUGACCAGCUGCAGGACCUGGGGUGGCAGGUGCACGUGGGCGGGAGACUCCUCGCUGUUGACACCCAGCCCUGGGGUGGGCCCUUCCGAGGCUGCCUCCAGGACCUGCGGCUCAACGGCCUCCUCCUCCCCUUCUCUCCCCUGCUGCUGGAGAACUCAAGCCAGCCCCGGGAGCUGGGCGCCGGGCAGUUCUGGAACGUCACCGUGGGCUGCGUCUCCGAGGACAUGUGCAGUCCUGACCCCUGUCUCAAUGGUGGGACUUGCCUUGUCACCUGGAAUGACUUCCACUGCACCUGCACUGCUAACUUCACGGGUCCCACGUGUGCUGAGCAGCUGUGGUGCCCUGGCCAGCCCUGCCUCCCUCCUGCCACCUGUGAGGAGGUCCCCGAUGGCUUUGUCUGUGUGGCCGAGGCCACGUUCCGCGAGGGCCCCCCCGCCGCGUUCAGCGGGCACAACGUGUCGUCGGGGCGCUCGCUCAGCGGCCUGUCGCUCGUCUUCCGCACGCGCGACGCGGAGGCGGGGCUGCUGCGCGCGGCCGCGGCCGCCCCCGCCGGCGUCUGGCUGGCGCUGCGCAAUGGCUCGCUGGCGGCCCGAGUGCGCAGCGGCCGCGGCCUGCCCGGAGCCCUGCUGCCCGCGCCCGGGCCACGCGUGGCCGACGGCGCCUGGCACCGCGUGCGCUUGGCCAUGGAGCGCCCGGCGGCCGCCGCCUCGCGCUGGCUGCUGUGGCUGGACGGCGCGGCGACGCCCGUGGCGCUGCGCGGCCAGGCUGGCGACCUCGGCUUCCUGCGCGGCCCCGGCGCCGCGCGCGUCCUGCUGGCCGAGAACUUCACGGGCUGCCUGGGCCGCGUGGCGCUCGGCGGCCUCCCGCUGCCCCUGGCGCGUCCGCGGCCCGGCGCCGUCCCCGGCCCCCGAGAGCACUUCGCGGCCUGGCCCGGGACCCCGGCCCCGCGCCUGGGCUGCCGCGGCGCGCCCGUGUGCGCGCCCUCGCCCUGCCUGCACGGCGCCGCCUGCCGCGACCUCUUCGACGCCUUCGCCUGCGCCUGCGGCCCGGGCUGGGACGGCCCCCGCUGCGAGGCCCGCGCCGACCCCUGCGCCUCCGCGCCCUGCGCCCGCGGCCGCUGUCACGCGCGCCCCGACGGCCGCUUCGAGUGCCGCUGCCCGCCGGGCUUCGCGGGCCCGCGCUGCAGGUUGCCUGUCCUGCCCGAGGAAUGCAGCCUGAACUUCACCUGCCCCAAUGGAGGCCCCUGUGAGGGCGGGACCCGGGGCACCAACUGCAGCUGCCAGGAGGGCUUCGCUGGCCGGAGGUGUCAGAACCCCACCCUCCCUUGUGAAGCCAACCCCUGCUUGAAUGGGGGCACGUGCCGGGCAGCUGGUGGGGUGUAUGAAUGUACCUGCAGCGCCAGAUUCUCCGGCCAGUUCUGUGAAGUGGUGAAGGGCCUGCCCCUGCCACUGCCGUUCCCACUGCUGGAGGUGGCAGUGCCUGCAGCCUGUGCCUGCCUCCUCCUCCUCCUCCUGGGCCUCCUCUCAGGGAUCCUGGCAGCCAGGAAGCGCCGCCAGUCAGAGGGCACCUACAGCCCGAGCCAGCAGGAGGUGGCCGGAGCCCGGCUGGAGAUGGACAGUGUCCUCAAGGUGCCACCCGAGGAGAGACUCAUCUAG